CAGAGGUACUUUAGUCCGUGGUAAACAGUAUUUAACAUUUUAAUUUUUAACCAUUAAAUUUUAUCACAAAAUUUAACAAACAAAAACGUACAUUAGUAUUACUUAUUAUAGUAUUAUUUUUUGCUAUUUGUUAUUAAUUAAAAUAAAAGUGAUAACGUAUUUAAAUAAAUACCCAUAGUAUGUAUCUAUCCGUAAUGGGUUUAAAUUCGUGCACCAUUAUUGAAAUUUAAAGUUCCUAUUACAAGUUAUAUCUGCAAUUAGAAAUUAAAUUUAAUAUAGAUGGCUUCUACUUCUGGCCCGUCAGGAUCUGAAAAUCCCACCGAUAACUUGAAAAAAGAACCAUCCAAAGGUAUUCUAAAGCCUUCUGUCAGUUAUGAAGAAAAAGAGAAACAGAAAAAAGUUGCGAACAAGUCAGCUAAGUGGGAUGAAAUGAACAUAUUAAAGACUUUACAUCCACCAGAUAAAGACUAUGGUCACAUGAAAGUAGAUGAACCAAAAACACCAUACGAACGGGAAAUUAAUGAAGAUGAUGAUGAAAUGGAUGGUGGUGUAAAUGCGGAAGAAUUGAGAAAAAAAAUUGAAGAAGGUGGUAGACGGAGAAGUAGUUCAUUUCAAUCAGAAGAAGAACCUGAUUCUGAAGAUGAAUCUCCAGAAGACAAAAUUACAAGAGAAGUAUUUGAAAAAAAAAGAAAACAACAUUAUAAUGAAUUUCAGACUGCAAAAAUACUGGCAAAACAAAUGAUGGAUGAGGAUGAAGAUGAAGAUGAAGAUGAUGAUAAUAAUAAACAAAAUGAAGCUAGUCUGGUAUAAAAUACAUUUUUCUUGAUUGUAUGUUUUCUAAAAGCUUAUUGCACAAUAUUGAAGAACAACAAUUUAUUGUGAUUUAUUAUGUUAUUUUAUUGAGGUAACUUUUGCAUUUGGCAAUUUGUUAACUACAAAUAUGGAUUAUUUAUAAUUUCAUGUAUUUUUCAAAUUUAAAAAAAAAAUUUUUGAUCAUAAAUCAUUACCUUUAACAUGGGUAAUUUUCAUAGUUUAUUUGAAGCACAUAGUUGUUUUUUAUAAAAUAGCUUAUAAACUUUAAACAUG